AUGGGGUUCACAAAGCCCCCUGUGCAGGCGCUGAAAGCUGCCAACAAAUUAAAACGCCAAGCGCUCUUUAUCCAGCACAAAACGGCGUCCGGCAAAGAGCGGAGGGAAGCUCGACAUCGCCGGAGAAAGGAAGAGAACAGAGAGCCCGAACUCAGGGCUGCCCGAUUGGCCAAGAACAAGACCUUGACAUUAGAUCAGAAGCGAGUAUGGGAUGAUGGAGAUGACGACAGCCUUGGCGCUCAGGUCGACUUGGAAAAGUUGAGGCGGAGGCAAAUGGAGGAAGCUGAAGCUGACGCACAGGUGGCGCUUGAAACGGGGAUGAAGGACGAGGACAACGGGGACAGCGACAGUAUGUUAGAGUCUGAUGACGAUGAAGAUGACGAAGCGAGACAGGCUGCGCGUGAGAAGCAACGAGAGAAACGCGCAAAACGAGACAACAGCAUAGCGCCAUCCACCACCAGCACAAACCUCGACUUGACACCGUCGUCACUGGCGCUGAAAUUCCCGACUUUAUUCAGCGAUAUUCCUGCACCAGACCCCAAAAUCCUCGUCACGACCUCUCUCAAUUCCACCAUUCAUUACGAAGCCCAGCUUCUAGGCGCACUGUUCCCGAACAGUACUUAUAUCCCCCGAUCCUCGCAUCGCUAUGGGCACAAGUAUUCACUGCGAGAAAUUUGCAAGUUUGCCACAAACAGGGACUACACUGCUGUUCUUCUCGUCAAGGAAGACUUGAAGAAGCCCACUGGGCUGUCGGUUGUCCAUCUCCCGUCUGGGCCGACGUUUCAUUUCUCCAUAUCAAAUUGGAUUGAAGGCAGGAAACUUCCUGGUCAUGGCAACCCGACCAACCACUAUCCCGAACUGCUUCUCAACAAUUUCAAGACACCGCUUGGUCUUCUCACGGCCAAGCUCUUCCAGGCGCUCUUCCCCCCCAGGCCCGAAUUCCAGGGUCGUCAGGUGGUCACUCUCCACAACCAGCGCGACUACAUUUUUGUCCGGCGACAUCGAUACGUGUUCCGUGAGAAACGGGCCACGGAGAAGAGCAUAGUGGGCACGGUUGGAAAGGAGAUGAAGGGUGUGGAGGGGAUUCGCGCAGGCUUGCAGGAACUCGGACCGCGAUUUACGCUGAAGCUGAGAAGAGUUGACAAGGGCAUUGGCCGGGCCGGCAGCGAGGGCGAGGAUCCGAGCCAGUGGGAGUGGAAAGCGAAGAUGGAGAAGGAUCGCAAGCGCUUCAACUUGUAG